UCGUGUUGAGCAGUGUGGCAAUGGAGUGAAACGAAAACACACGUGGGGCGGAUAACAGAGGAAAACAGAGUGUUUUUUCGGUGAAAACUCCAUGAAAAUCAGUGGAAAUGUCAAGGUUAAUCGUGAAGGACUUGCCGAAGAAGAUCAAUGAACAGCGCAUUCGGGAGUUGUUUGGCCAGAAGGGCAGGGUCACGGAUGUUCAGCUGAAGCACACACAGACCGGGGUGUUCAGGCGCUUUUGUUUCGUGGGCUACCAGACAGAUGAUGAGGCUCAAGCUGCUCUCGAGCAUUUCAACAAAUCCUUCGUUGACACCUCGAGGAUCACAGUUGAACUCUGCGCGCCCCUCGGGAAGGCAACAAAGGGGAGAAAGAAGGAAGAAGAGCCCGCCGAGGAGCCUGCGAAAGAGAAGAAAAAACAGCACAGAAGGAAGGGGGAAAAGGAGGAGGAGAUCAUCAAGGAAUACAAAGAUGAUCCGGAGUUCCAGGAGUUCCUGAAAGUGCACAAAGUGGGGAAGAAAACAGUCUGGGACAAUGACACGAGCAUAGGAGAUAGAAAAGACGCUACACAAGCUCCUGAAUCCCCGGACGAUGUAAAUGAGUCUGGGAAUGAGGAAGGAGAUGCUAGUGGAGACGAGGACAACAAAGAUGUGGAGGAAAUGGAGGAAAAAGUAGCUGACAAAGCCAUCAGUGACUUGGAGUACAUGAAGAGUCUGAUGCAGAAGCCAGAAAAAGCCCCCAAAGCCCCCAAAGCCCCACAGGAAGCAAAGAAAAAGCUAAAGGGUUCAGAGAAGGAGAAGGAUAUCAACUUCUUCACUCUCAAGAUGUUCAAUCUACCUUACAAUACGAAGAGAGGCGAUAUUCUGAAGUUCUUCAAGCCGCUUAAGCCAAAAUCCGUGAGAAUUCCUAUAAAGGAACAUGGUUACUGCUAUGUGGGAUUUCAGGACAAGAAGGACAUGACGAAGGCAUUGGCCAAGCACAAAAGCUUCAUGAAGGCGAAUCAAGUGUUUGUUGUGGAUUUCACGGACAACAAUCGUAAAACAUUGCAGAAGAAGCUGGGAUUGAUGGAGGACGAGAAGAACUCUGACAAGAAUCCCAAGUGGGAGAAGCAGAGACAGAGUCUCGCGAGUGAGGAGUCAAUUUCUGAAUCUGGCAAGAUCUACUUCCGCAAUCUCACGUACUCAGUCACGGAAGAGGACAUUCAGAAACUCUUCGAGACGUACGGACCUGUGGCCGAGGUGAACUUACCAGUGGAUUCCCACACGCGCGCGAUAAAGGGCUUCGGCACGGUGACUUUCAUGCUGCCCGAGCACGCGAUUAUGGCCUUCAAUGAGCUCGAUGGCCAGGCGUUUCAUGGUCGGAUGCUACAUCUGCUGCCCGCGAAGGCGGAUAAGGAGAAGACGGAGGAGGCUGAGGACAACAACACGGGAUCAUACAAGCAGAAGAAAGAGCAGGAAUUGAAGAAGUCAGCUGGGCUGGCGCACAAUUGGAAUACACUGUUUCUGGGCGCCAAUGCAGUGGCUGAGAUCCUGGCCAAGAAUUACAGUACCACGAAAGAACACGUGCUAGAUUCCGCGACUGGAGGCUCCAGUGCGGCUGUUCGACUCGCUUUGGGUGAGACGCAGAUAGUGAGUGAAUUGAGACAGUUUUUGGAAGAGAAUGGCGUGCGUCUGGAGGCAUUUGAGGAGUCGAAAGGGAAGAAAAUUCGUUCUAAGAAUGUGAUUCUGGCGAAGAAUUUGCCCGCUCAUACGGAAGCAAAGGAACUCAACGAGAUCUUCGGCAAAUUUGGAGUGCUGGGGAGAAUUGUCCUACCUCCCAGUGGAGUCACAGCGCUGAUAGAAUUUGUAGAACCUUCGGAGGCGAAGAAGGCUUUCAUGAAGUUGGCUUACUCAAAAUUCAAAGACGCUCCGCUGUAUCUUGAAUGGGCGCCUGAGAAUAUCUUCCUUGCGGAGGGUGAAAAGGCAGAAAAGCCUAAGAAAAAGGUUAAGGAUGAGCCUCAAGAUUUUAAGAGAGAACAGGAGAAAGCACCAGAAGUGUCCGAAGAAGAGAAGAGUGAAGAUGAAGACAUGAGUAGUGAAGAUCCUGAGCCAGACACCACAAUUUUCCUGAGAAAUUUGAACUUUGGCACGAGAGAAGAGGCUUUGAGGAGACACUUUUCACACUUGAAGCCUAUACACAUGGUGCAGGUGGCAAUGAAGAAGGAUCCCGAGGACCCUAGUUCGAAAAUUUCUUUAGGCUAUGGAUUUAUUCAGUUCAAGAGGAAAUCCUCGGCAGACACCGCCUUGAAAACCAUGCAAUUCACUGAGAUUGAGGGAAACAGAGUUGAAUUGAAGAAGAGCGACAGAGUAGUUAAGUCUCAGGUGGAGAGGAAGAAGGACACUGCCAAGCAGACAGGAAGCAAGAUUCUGGUGAGGAACAUCCCAUUUCAGGCGAAGGAGUCUGAAGUCAGGGACAUUUUCAAGGCCUUCGGGGAGUUGAGAUCAGUAAGACUGCCUCUGAAGGUGACGCCGGGAGAGAAGAGCCAUCGAGGUUUCGGAUUUGUGGACUACUUCAGCAAGAGUGAGGCGAAGAACGCCUUCAAGAGUCUCUCCCAGAGCACUCAUUUGUACGGCAGACGGUUGGUUCUGGAGUGGGCGGCGGCGGACGAGGAUGUGACACAGCUGAGGAAGAGGACGGCGAACCACUUUGUGGACUCCAGGGAGAGGAAGAAGAGCAAGAAGAGCGUGUUCGGCGGAAAGGAAGUCACUGAAGCGAAGGAGGAUUCGGAUGAAGAGCUCACCGUUGACUUUGAAUAG